CUUACAACAAUGCUGCAAAGCAGCUUGAAUAUCGUUAUGAAUAUUUGAAUAUUUGUUAUGAUUUUAUGAUUUCACAUUUGUCAUCGAUGUCGAUAAUACAGUUUACCCAAAUGAAUCUAGUACACAGAAAUACAGCAGUAAAUCAGAAUAGCUUUUCUAUGACGACGUAUCGUAUCCGACGAAUGAAUAUACGGAUACGGCCGUAAAUGAGAAUAAGGGUGAAUGUCCCCAUGGUAGUUACGUUUCAGAUGCAAUUGUGUGGACAACCGCAAAAUUCAACUGAGCCGAUUUGCCCAUCUCUAGUUGUUGAACGAAGGAAUUUACCAUAGUAUUACCCUGCAUUUAAUUUCGAGUGUUCUGUAUAACAGUUUGCAAAAAAAAAAGAUUGACAGCGCGCAAUCGGUUUCGGCUUUUUUUUUGUUUUUGUUUCCAACAGACACACCAACAAAUAACUAGGGCAAAAUAGUAAUCAAUAUUUUAGCAAACAGAAGUAUCAGUUUCUAUAAAAGGUGCAACAUGCUAUCGGAAGCGACCAAAGUGGACAGUACAUUCAUUUCCGAAAAGGUGUCCCGCAUUCGCUGGAUCCCGGAGCAGUACGAUGAGUCCAAUUCGUUUAUCACCACUAGCUGGGAUCUGGACAUUAACAAUGUGAAGGUCUGGAAGCUAUUUCGACACGAUUACACGACCGAAGAGAACGAGUUUGUUCCGAAGUGCGUCGCUGAGGUGUGCUUCAGCGGUGACAUCAGUGGACUGGACUUUGUGGACGAACGAAACAUUGUCAUCUCGAAUACCGAGGGAUUCGUCAGUUUGAUUGCGUUGAACCGGGAUAAGGACGAGGAUAACCUGCAGGAACAGUAUCGUUUCGAGAAUUUGCAUCGUUUCGAUACCUUCAGCAGCCUCAAUGGGGCUCCAUGUACGGCACUUUCCGUGCACGAGAGCGAUGUGGCUUCUGUGGGGGAAGACGGCCGACUGAAUAUCCUUUCCACCGUUGGACAGAAAGUGCUGAGGAGUAUUUCGAGUGCCGACAGUUGUACUAUCAGUUGCGUGGCUUUCCUAAGCCCUAAAGAGGUGCUAACAGGAAAUAGGCUAGGAAUAAUGAAGUGUUUCGACAUCAGGUCGGACAGUCAAAAACCGACGGGAAGUUUCGCGAUCUCCUGCGAGGAUGAGAAGAGGCCCAAUUGUGUCACUUGUGUAACAUAUCAUCCCACUCAAAGGCACAUUAUUUUAGCUGGAAGUGAGGAAGGAUCAAUCACCGUUUGGGAUUUGAGACAGCCCCAGUUUCCGGCUUCCUACCUGAAGGCCCACGAGCACGCGAUAACAGAGCUGGCAUUCCACAAAACACAACCGUCGCGAUUGUUUUCCGCUUCCGAGGGAGGCGAACUGUGGCAAUGGAAUCAAAACUCGCUCCCAACUUCGGCCUCAACGGUCGCAAGUGGAUUGCUGCACACUUCGAUCAGUGUUUCGACGCAGGACUCAUCAUCCGACACGAACAAUCCUUGGCUGAAUGGGGAGCGAACCAAGAGCAAAGUACACGUCACAUCGCUGCUAAGCGGUAUCCGGAAGUCAAUCAAUUCGUUCGAUUCUUGCCGUUCGAAUGUUAUUUGUGGAGGCGAUAAUGAAGCAAUAUAUCUUUUGGAGAAUUUAAACUAGGAACCACUGCUGUCGAAUCUUAGCAUUUGCAAUUGAGGUUUUAUUUUCGUCAAAUUUUGAAAUAAAAUUUAUCGUUAACCAUUAAUAA